CAGCUGCGGCUGGAAACGCCACAUCGCUGAUUCCGUGCAAAGGCCACCAUCACAUUUCCAAAAGAAAUAUGAAAUUUCUCUCCAGGAGAUGAAUGCCGCAACGACACUUUUCAAAGAUGUCAGGUAACCAUUAUGGUACUGAGUAUCCGAAUUUACAGACCUUCGGGAGGCAAUGAGCCUGCCUUCAUCGUUGACCCUGCAAGUGUAGACAGCGUCACUCGUGAUGAGGUUCCGAUGCACGGUUCAGGGGCUGGAGACCACUUCGAAGAUGACUCGACGUAUGAUGAUGGACUUGGACUGAAUGGACGUAUGGAUGCACCCAAACCAAGAAAAAUGUCUCCUCGAGAAGAAAGGAUGAAAUGGUGGAGGAUAUAUGCAAUGCAUUUUCUGUUCAGCUGGAACUCGAGGACGUUUGAAUACGUCUCGAUCUUUCUUGUUGCUCUUGCAUUUCCUAAGGGCUUGUUUGCAACUUCCAUAAAGUGAGUUGGUCUUCAAUUAUGGACCUCAUGUACUUACAUGACAGGGGGAU